AUGUCUUGCCAGCACAGAAGCGGCAACCACGAUGAGGGCGCUGUGAUGGUGGACGCGUGCUCGCAGCGGGAGUCGUCGUCCUCUUCCUCGUCCUACAUGGUGUUGAGGUCGACAGCUAACGAUCCUGACGGAGGCAAAGUGAAACUACGGAUUGUAGCUACGGAAGUAUAUGGAUUUGACUCUGAGCUGGAGAAAACUUUAAAAAAAUGGUCGUGUUGUUUCUUGACAUCGUGGUUUUAUGUUCCUGUUAUUUGA